AUGACCCUUAUCUUCACCCUACCUUUCCCUUCCGGGAUCUUAUCCUUUGCGAACCGCACCUUCUAUCCCGAGCGUUCCCAGCGCACUGAGGGCUUUUUGCCGCCUCGCGGAUUCUAUCCGGCAGUCGUUUUUUCCGCGAAUCGCGGGAUUCGCUGCACGUCAGCGCCGGCCCCUUUUAAGGGAACUCGGCCUCUUCAUCUUCCUCGCCGCGCUUCACGGAGAGCUCUGGGCGGCGGCGGCGGCGGCUGCGCGAUGCAUAUUGCGAACGCCGCAAUGCGGCGCGAGCCCGGAGGGGCUGACGAUAACCGCACCGAGUAUAACCGCACCGAGUAUAACCGCACGUUAAACGUUAGGACCGGAGGGCGAGUGCUGACCCCCGAGGAGCACUGGCAGCGCUACCGGCCGCAGCUGGCGACGCGCUACGGGCACUGGCGAUUCUGGUUACCAGCGCAGGGGCGAGAGGCAAAGCUGUCGCUGGAGCUGCUGCGCGAAAUCACCCCCGUGGAGGUGGAGAGCGGUGCAGAGGAGUACGUGCUGCGGCACGAGCAGUUCAACCGGUGGGGUGAUUUCCCAGCCAAGGUGGCGGAGGGCGCGUGGCCCUUCUCCUGUGCGCGCGCCAGCCACACCAACGGCAUCUCACUGCCCUACGGCAUCUACAGCCAUGGCGCACGCGUGCUCUGCGCUGGUGGGGACGAGGAGGGGGAAGGAGGGGAGGCGGGGGAUGGGGACGAGUGGAAUGGGGGCGGGGCUGUGGUGAUGGCGCAACUGCAGGUGGGGGGAGACAGGCCGGAGGGCAGGGGGGAGGGCAAGGGGGAGGGCAGGGGAGAGGGUGUAGGGGAGGGGAAGGGGGAGGGCGAGGAGGGAGAGCGUGACAAGGGGCGUGGGAAGGGCAGCACAGGAGCGGAGUCAGUGCGGCGUGCAGUGCUGCUGACAGCCAACGUGUGCUUCAUGGACGCCUCUCACCGAUCUCCUCUCCUCUGCCUCCACCGCCUCUGCCUCACAGGCCCCGGCGCACAACUCAACGUGGCCUUCUCGGAAUCUUCCUUGUCUCUGAGGCAAGACGACACUGUCCUACCAACGGGCAGGCGCAACAAGUCCCACACUACUGGCAGUGCCGCCAGCUAUCAAUAUACUGACGGAACCACAAGCCCUUCCAGCCAAUCCCUGCAUGACACGUGGGCCAGCCCUCACUGGAAGACCCCUCUGCCGACACACCUGCCGGCCUCCCUCCCCCCACUCCCAUCCAAGCCCCUCUAUGGAGUUCCCCACUACAUCUAUGCUGACCUCUAUGCUACACCUCUCUCUGAGCAACCCAGUAAGAGGCUGGAAACCCAGAACAAGGAGGUGUUUUCAGGGUACUUGGCAGGGGUACCCGAGGCCCAGCAGAGCAGGUAUGGUGUAUGGGCACUGCCUAGGGGGGUUGUGGUGGCUAUGCCGUCUCCCUUAGAGCCAAUGCUCAGCCGCGAGGGGGGAGGAGAGGGGAAGCAGUUUUGGCUGGUGGUGACUUAUGUGAGAGGGGGACGGCAAGGGGUGCAGGGUGGUAGUGAUGGGAUUUGUGAGGAGCGCAGAGGGGUGGUUGUGGGUGGGGGGGGAGGAGAGGAGGAGCAGGAUGAUGGGAUUGAAGAUACAGGGUACAUGGCGGAAGGAGAGUGGAAGGUGCAGCAGGUGGUGAUAGCGUAUGAUGCACAGGGGCGGUUUGCAUAUGUGAAGCACACCAGGUUUAUGUGA